CCACGAUGGUGCUUGGCGUCCCCACGGUGAAGCGCCAGGUCCAGAGUUACCUCAUGACGACACUGAGGAACCUGGUUGAUUCCAUGACGCAGGAUGAGAUGGAGGAAUGCAUCAUCGUUGUGUUCAUUGCUGAGUGGGAUAUUGACUAUGUACAUCAGGUCGCCAGUCAGAUAGAGAGAAAGUUUCCAGAGCACCUAGGCAGUGGGUUGAUCGAAGUCAUUUCUCCACCCAAGGCCUUUUAUCCUGAUAUGGAUAAGUUGGAACAAACAUUAGGAGACCCAAUGGAGAGAGUGAAAUGGAGAACCAAGCAGAACCUGGACUUUGCCUUCCUCAUGAUGUAUGCCCAGCCGAAGGGGACUUUUUACGUCCAGUUGGAAGACGAUAUCCAGACCAAGAAGGGCUACAUUGCGACCAUGAAGAAGUUUGCCCUGCAGAAGACGUCGGAGAAGAAGAACUGGUUUGUUCUGGAUUUUUGUCAGCUUGGAUUCAUAGGCAAAGCAUUCAAGACCAUAGAUCUCUCUGCACUGGUGACAUUCUUACUCGUGUUCCACAAUGACAAGCCGUGUGACUGGCUUCUUGACCACCUUAUUCAGAACAAAGUUUGCCGAUUUGAUCAACCUGCGAAACACUGCAAGAAAGCCAAGGAGAAUGUGUGGAUCCACUACAAACCAUCCUUAUUCCAACACAUAGGCACACAUUCAUCACUAAAGGGCAAAGUACAGAAGCUUAAGGACAAGCAGUUUGGGAAAGUCCAGCUCUACUUCCCCCACGAGAAUCCCAAAGCUGAGGUGGAGACACAGAUCAAGCCGUACAAGACUUAUACGUUACAGAGAGCAUACAAGGGGGAGUCCUACUUUUGGGGGUUGCUGCCUCAACAAGGGGACCUGCUGCAGUUCACCUUCGAUCCGCCGGUCGUGAUCAAAGGGUUCCUCUUUCGUAGUGGGAACGUUGAGCAUCCAUCCGACAGACUGUAUAACACAACAGUAGAGGUGCUUCCUGUAGAGCCUUUUACCAACAUCCCUGCAAUUGCCAAUAAAAAAUACAAAGUUACUGAAGAUAAAUAUUUGAUAAUCGGUGACUUCGAUGAUAUGGGUGUAGCAGAAGGUGUGAUAAAUGGAGAAUUAGGAGAAAUUAAAACAUUACGUCUACAUGUCCAUAUAGACAGUGACAAUUGGGCUAUACUUAGUGAGAUUCACAUAGAAACUCCGGAAAAGAGGUGACCAGACGCUCCAAUGGCAUUCACCUUCUGCCAGUGUCCAAGCAUCUCAUGCCAACAGUGACCAAGGCUCCAUGUAUGUUGCCAAUGUGUAUGAAAGUGAUACAAAAAGACAAAUGGGUGAAAGUUUUUAAAAAUGGCCGGUAGCAUUCUUGUUGAUAUUUGUUACUGGUAAUCAGAUAUUUUCGUAUGAGAAGAACAAGAUAUAUUCCAUAUAUUGUGCUGAGGAACUUUUUUAUACAGAAUAUAUAUAUAUAUAUACAUGUACACACACAUGUAGGCAUAUAUGUUGCAAAAACAUAAAUUGACAUUGAUCUGUGUCUACAGUUCUUAUCACAAAGGAUAUUCGGCCCUAGUUUGUGAAAAGUCUCUUACUCAGAGAGGCUGGAUGUCAUGUGAUAGAUGAUGUUUCUCAUAAUGGAUCUGAUUGAUAAUAGAACUAUAGGAUUUUAAGAGGAUGUAAAAAAUGCUGAGGAAUAUGUAUUAAUUAUCAUAUUGUGUAUCAAUUUGGAUGGAUUAAUGCUUCAUUAGUAUGUGAAUCUCAUGACCUGAUAGCCAGUACUGGCUGAUUAUGUGUUUAUUUAUUUAGUCAUUGCCUUCAGUUUUUUGCCCAUAUUUUUUUUGUUAGACAUGUCAAAGAUAUUCUCAGACUUUUAUAUAAACCAAUCCAACUGACUAAGUAUGUUUAUUUCUUUUGAAUCUCUCAUGCUAGAAAAAAAAACAAAAAAAACAUGAGGGAGAAAAAUCUUAAAGGUGA